AUGGAGGAGAAGGCUGAGCUUAAGGGAAAGAUUCCCCGGGACACGCAGGCAGACAAGGAGAUGAAGAUGGAGACCAGGGAGGACAAAUCCCCACGGCAGAACCUCAUGGAAGAGGCCAUUUUGAGUGGCUCCAUGCAGCUUCAUGAUGGGGAGCAGCCCUACAAGUGCUUGGAGUGUGGGAAGAGCUUCAGGCAGAGCAGCAGCCUGAUCCACCACCAGAUGAUCCACACUGGGGAAUGGGCCUACGAGUGUGGGGAAUGUGGGAAGGGCUUCAGCUACACAUCCACCCUUGUGACCCACCAACGCAUCCACACUGGGGAGAGGCCCUGUGAGUGUCCUGAGUGCCAGAAGAGGUUUCGGAUCAGCUCAGAUCUCCUCAGACACCAGCGGAUACACACCGAUGAGAGGCCCUUCUGCUGCCCAGAUUGUGGGAAGGGCUUCAAGCGCAAUUCCCACCUCAUCACCCACCAGCGCAUCCACACUGGGGAGAGGCCCUACGAGUGCUGCACGUGUCAGAAGAGGUUUCAGACCAGCUCAAAUCUCCACCUGCAUGAGCGGAUCCACAAUGAGGAGAGGUCCUUCCGCUGCCCCGACUGUGGGAAGGGCUUCAAGCAAAACUUCACCCUCGUAAGGCACCAGCGCAUCCACACUGGGGAGAGGCCGUAUGAGUGCCCCACGUGUGGGAAGGGAUUCACCCAGAGCUCUGACUUGACCAGACACCAACGGAAGCACCAGUAA